AUGUCCUCUCCUAACUGGACCUCCAGCGCGUCCUCUUUCUCCUUCUCCGACCCUCUCUCUUUUGGCACUCAGCUCAACCCCGACCGCCCGUUUGACGUCGCAAAUGUUAUUGACCACCUUGGUGCUCAAUAUGGGUUGAGACCAGAGCAGAUCGCAGAACUACACCGACUUUACCAGGCAACUCUGGCCCUCCGAAUUUAUGAAAGGGUCAUCGACAUGUGGAACGGCAACCGACUUGAAGCUCGCAUCUCCGCCAUGUUCUCAAACGUGCCAACGGCCCCCACCAACGGAGAGCAAAGCAUCAUGAACGAUCUUGCACUCCGCCUGGAGAAUCAAUACGUGCUUUCAGAUGUACAAAAGUCGACGAGCAGAAGGGAGCUCCAACUCCUCGUCAUGCAGCCCAACCGUUUGUGCUACACCGCUUUGGCUACAGACGGGAUGAGGACUCUCCGGAUGGAGAAUGCGUUCACAACUCCAGCGCGAGUCGACAAGACCUCGUCCUACGUCCGUAAGGCUGCCUCUAGCGUCCGUAAUGGAUAUCGUCAAGACAUUCGUGACAGCAUUGGUCUAGGGCCCAAAGGAGGUCGCCCAGUUGCUCUGGUUCACACUGUGACUGCACUUGUCAAUAAAUACAUCAGGAAGCCUAUGGAUCUCGAAAGGUUGAACAGCAAGGGAUAUAUUAUGAAGACCGCAAUCCUGCGCCGUUUUGCAUGGGAGAACAAGGAGCUCCUCCAGGUCGAAGAGGAUGAAGAGGCUGCAGCCAACGAGUCCGAGGACAACCCAUCCCCUCCUGCCAAACGAAAGCGAACAGCACGAGGAGGCCGGAUUCCUCGAGGUCAAGACUUCUGGGGACGAUUUGACAGCUAUCUCCUUGAGAAGACAAAGACUCUCGGCAAGGAUAUAUCGUCGGUUGGAUGGAAAGCGGAAACUAUUGAAAGUGAUCUUACACGAUGGCCUGAUGAAGACGAUUGUGAGGGUGAAGAGGAGGGCGUAGAUUUGGACCCCGAAUUAUCAUUCACAUCUCUCGGUAGCCCAGCUUCCCAGGCGACUCAACCGCCUACUCAAUCAUCUUUGGCUCACUCAUCCACCCAAACGACGCUCGCUACCGUUCAGUCAACUCCAGCUCAUCGAUCUACUCCAUCCAUGACCGCUCCAUCUGCUCAUAACAACUCACAGCUUGCUCAUCCCCAGCCGCAGACUCCCUCUGUAGGCGGAUCUCUCCGGUAUUUUACUUCUUCUUCGCCUCUCUAUACGCCUGGGCACCACAGCAAUCCUACCCCAUAUCAUCACGCUCCAUCCCGAGCCGCCCAUCGCGCCUGGGAGGGACAGUAA